ACAAUACGCGUCUCUGGUUCCUAUAUAACAGUUUUUGUAGUUUCCUUGAUUCUAUAGGAUCUCUUCACUUUCUCGGCAACUAAUUUUAUUCUCUUACUGUUCACAAUUUUGGUAUGUUUCUGUUAUGUUCUUUUUGGGGUUCGUUUGUUUUCUAGAAGACGAAGGGUUUUGCGGCUGUUUAAUUAUUAGGUCAUCAUAUCUUAUAGAAUAUGAGUCUGCUUGUCGUACGACAAAAGUGAUUUGAUUGUCGUAAAAAAUCUGACAAGUUUUUAAUAUCUCUUUUGACUUUGUUUGUAUUGUACGGUUCAGAAUCUUUGUUGUUUUGUUCCUUACUUUAUUGUUCUUUUUGACUUGGUGAUCUCAUUUUCUAAAGUUGUAGCUCCUUGCAGCAUUGUCAUGUUUUGUCUGAUGUUCUGUUUACAUUUUUUUUUAUUGAUUCAGAAAACAAAAACAAUGGGUCAAGUUUUAGGAUGUGUCCAAGUUGAUCAGUCGACUGUAGCGAUCAAAGAGACUUUUGGGAAAUUCGACGAUGUUCUCCAGCCAGGUUGUCACUGUUUGCCAUGGUGCUUGGGUAGUCAAGUCGCUGGUCACCUUUCAUUGCGUGUUCAGCAGCUCGAUGUUCGCUGCGAGACCAAAACGAAGGAUAAUGUGUUUGUCACCGUUGUUGCUUCCAUUCAAUACCGUGCGUUAGCUGACAGUGCUCAAGAUGCAUUUUACAAGCUCAGCAACACUAGGAACCAGAUUCAAGCUUAUGUCUUUGAUGUGAUCCGAGCAAGUGUUCCGAAGCUGGACCUAGACUCAAGCUUUGAGCAGAAGAACGACAUUGCCAAAACCGUUGAGAGCGAGCUUGAAAAGGCUAUGUCUCAUUACGGGUAUGAGAUAGUCCAGACGCUUAUUGUGGACAUUGAGCCAGACGUGCAUGUCAAGAAGGCAAUGAAUGAGAUCAAUGCCGCUUCGAGAAUGAGAGAGGCAGCGAGUGAGAAAGCUGAGGCAGAGAAGAUACUGCAGAUCAAGAGAGCCGAGGGAGAAGCUGAAUCGAAAUACCUUUCAGGUCUUGGUAUAGCACGUCAGAGACAAGCUAUUGUGGAUGGUCUGAGAAACAGUGUGCUUGCAUUUUCUGAGUCUGUUCCAGGGACUUCUUCCAAAGACGUCAUGGACAUGGUUCUGGUGACUCAGUACUUUGACACACUUAAGGAUAUUGGGGCGUCUUCCAAGUCAAACGCUGUGUUCAUACCGCACGGUCCAGGCGCUGUUAAGGACAUUGCUUCACAGAUCAGGGAUGGUCUACUUCAGGGGAAAGCUGCUGAGUAAGAAGAUGUGAAAGUAUAAAACUUUCUUCAGGGUUUAGCUGUUGUGUUGCUACUUUGUUUUUAUCUUUGUCUUUCUGUUCUGUAAAGUCCUUGAAAUACUUUUUGAGUAUCUCACCAAUGGAAGUGUCUUAUAAUAUUCUUCAAUAGUUGAUCAUAUCUAUUCUCUCUAUUAACAACAACUAUA